CUUUCGUUUUAGGUUGGUAUGGUAAUUUCAACUUAACCUCAAAUUUUGACAAUUCAAAACAUUCAUGAAAUAAUCAACAAAAAUUUAAGAAAAAAUGGGGAAAAGGCAACACCAGAAGGAUAAGCUUUAUUUAACAUAUUCUGAGUGGACGACUUUAUAUGGUGGUAAACAAUCAGGUGAACGAUCCACAGAGGAAGAAAAUGCUUUUAAAAGGCUCCCUUUUGAUCAUUGUUGCGUGUCCCUCCAACCAUGGGAACACCCAUAUUGCGAUAGGGAUGGGAACAUAUUUGAUUUACCAGCACUAAUUCCGUUUUUAAAAAAAUUCAAAGUUAACCCAGUAACAGGGCUACCUUUAGAAAUAAAAACACUGAUUAAGUUAAAUUUCCAUCGUAACAAAGAAGAUGAGAUGCAUUGUCCGGUUUUAUUUAAAACAUUAACUAAACAUUCAUAUGUUGGGGUUAUCGCCACAACCGGAAACGUUUAUAGCAUGGAAGCAAUCGAACAAUUAAACAUUAAAAAUAAAAAUUGGAAAGAUUUAAUUACUGAUCUCCCUUUCGAACGUAAAGAUAUAAUUGUUUUACAAAACCCGGCCGAUUUAAGUAAAUUUAAUAUUUCAAAGUUUCAUCAUGUCAAAAAUAAUUUAAGAGUUGAAACAGAAGAGGAAUUGGCUGAUAGAGGUGACCCAAUGGCUAAAUUAAAAAAUAUUAACCCAGAAACGAAAUAUACUCUUGAAACUUUAAAUCGAGAAUAUAAAGCUCCUGAAAUUGAAAUAAAUAAAAAGCAAAGUACAGAAAAAGCAGAUAAAUUUAAUGCUGCUCAUUAUUCAACUGGAAAAGUUGCUGCUGGUUUUACAUCAACAGUUAUGCCUAUGGAAUUAACUCAUGAAGCUGCAAUUAUCGAGGAAGAUAUUGUUAGAUAUGAAAGGGUUAAAAAGAAAGGUUAUGUUCGAUUAAUUACUAAUUUGGGGCCGUUAAAUUUGGAGUUGUAUUGUGAUGUUAUUCCAAAAACUUGUGAAAAUUUUUUAAAACAUUGCCAAAAUGGUUAUUAUAAUCAAACUAAGUUUCAUAGAUCAAUAAGAAAUUUUAUGAUUCAAGGAGGUGAUCCAACAAAUACAGGGAAAGGUGGGGAAUCAAUUUGGGGUAAAAAAUUUGAAGAUGAAUUUCGUCCAAAUUUAUCUCACACCGGUCGUGGAGUUUUAUCAAUGGCUAAUUCUGGUCCAAAUUCAAACGGAUCACAAUUUUUUAUUACAUAUCGUUCGUGUAAACAUUUGGAUAACAAACAUACAAUUUUUGGCAAAGUUGUUGGUGGAAUGGAAACUUUAUCUGAAAUGGAACGGAUUGAAGUUGAUAACAAAGAUCGUCCAAUUGAGGAUAUAGUGUUGCUACAAGCCCAAGUGUUUGUUAAUCCAUAUGAUGAAGCUGAUGAAAUGUUGGCUAAAGAAAGGCAAGAAGAAGCUGAAAAGAAACGAAUUGAAGAAAACGAAAGGAGACAGAAAUUGCUUGCAAAAAAACCUUUAACUGUUUAUAAAAGCGGAGUGGGGAAAUAUAUAAAUCCAAGUUCAGGGAAAAGGGAUCAAGCUGCUUUGGAUUUAGAAAAAGACGAAAAGGUUGUUAAAAAGAAAAAAUCGAGUACAUACAACUUUAAUUUUAGUAAUUGGUGAAAAUAAUUUAAUUCAUAAA